AUGACAAAUGAGAAUGAAGAUAGACAGUGGCAUUUAAAAGGCUUUUAUGGGGACCCAGUUGUGGAGAAGAGAAAGGGUAGCUGGCAUUUGUUGAGACUCUUAAAACCUGAUAGCAUUUGCCCUUGGCUACGCAUGAGGGACUUUAAUGAGAUCUUGACGAAUGAGGAGAAAGAAGGGGCUACUGAUAUACCUUUUCUUCAAAUGGAAAGGUUUAGGAAGGCUCUUGAUGUGUGUGAGCUCAGUGACUUGGGGUUUAAUGGCUCGAGAUUCACAUGGUGCAAUAAUAGAGAGGGGAGAGGAUUCAUAAGAGAAAGGCUUGACAGAGCUUUUGGGAAUAAGGAUUGGCCAAGUUUAUAUGAGAAUAGUAUAGUCCAAGUUCUGCCAGUGAUUAAUUCAAAUCAUUCCCCUUUGCUUGUUCACUAUUUUAACCAAGAAGAGGAGAAGCUUGCUCACAAGAGAAUCUUCAAAUAUGAGGCGUUUUGGUCAAAGAAACAAGAGUGUAGAGACAUUGUUAAGAGGAACCUCUUCAAUUCAUCUCAGCCUAGGGGUAUUGAGGAAGUCCUGAAGGAAGAGGACACUGUGAUCACAGAUGAUAUAAACAUGCAGCUGAAGAAAAGGUGCUGUUUUGAGAAAGUGAGAGUUGUAGUCUUUGACAUGAACCCUUUUAGCUCUCCUGGGCCAGAUGGUUUCUCUGCAGAUUUCUAUCAAGACAAUUGGCAAGUGGUGGGUGUCGAGGUGGUGGUUUCUAUGCAAGAAAACAUAGUUUGUAGAAGAGGAUUGGCAGAGAUUAAUGAUACUUAUAUUGCAUUGAUCCCUAAGAAGAAGAAACCCAACCUAAGUACUUUUGUGCCUGGGAGAUUGAUUUCAGACAACAUUAUUGUGGCCUUUGAAGCAAUGAAUUCGAUGAAGAACAGGAUGAGGGGCAAAAAGGAAGGGUAUAUGGCCCUCAAACCGGAUAUGAGCAAGCCUAUGACGGGAUUGAAUGGGGUUUCAUGGAAGUUGUUUUGCAUAAGAUGGGGUUUGAUAAGGAGUAGACUGAUAUGGAUGAUAGCUUACUUUUUUGCAAGGCUAAUGCAUUGGAGUGGAGCAGACUCUAUAGAACUCUCAAAGCUUAUGAAUCAGCUUCUGGUCAGAGACUCAACAUGGACAAAACAAUCAUUUACUUUAGCAGCAAUGCAAGAGCAACAGCUAAGGAUGCUAUUUGAUCAUCUUGAAGGUGAUAGAUCCAAAGCCAAAUGGAUUCCAUUGAAGACUCUUAGCAAGUCUAAAGAGGAGGGAGGUCUUGGCUCUAGAGACUUUGAGAAGUUUAAUGUCGCUCUUUUAGCAAAGCAAGGGUGGAGACUAGUCCAACAGCCUAAUACUCUUGUUGCAAGAGUGUUGAAAGCAAAAUAUUUUUACAAGUUUGAUUUUCAGAAGGCCAAGUCUAUGAGGCAUGGUUUGGAUGAGUCAUCGAAGUUAAGCUUCUUGAUUGAUCAGCAAAGAGGUGAGUGGAAGGGGAUUUUGUUGCAGGAGGUUUUUGAUCCAGAAGAGAUGAUAUUGUUAAGAAAAAGUAUAAGUGAAAGGAUUAUGGAGGCAUACCUGAUUAUCUUCAACCUAUUGGGAUUCGAUGUGAUAAUAGGAAUGGACUGGUUAUCCAAGCAUUACGCCAAGAUAGAUUGCUGGGGUAAGGAGAAUGUUUUUGAUCCACCAGAAGUUGGUAGGGUCCGUUAUAUGGGAGGAAAUGUAAAGGCUAGUCCCUUUCCAAUUUCAGCCUUGCAAACUAGAAACAGCAACGCUAGUGGUGCUUUGGCCUAUCUAGCGCUGACAGUAGAAGACUCUCAUGAGGCUAAGGAGAUUUAG